AUGGCAUUAUUAUUGCUAAUGUAAUUGGAAUGUCUUGUAACUAUUACCCUUUGGACCAGGUUGCUUGUGUACUAAAAACCGAUGGGAUUUCAUGUAAUUAUGAUGUCAAAUAAAGGUUAAUUCAAUUAUUUUGAAAAUGCCUGUGUGGAAACUAAGAGUACAGAUUUAGGAUGCAUUUCUAAUUUGAAUAAAAAAGCCUGUUUGCAAUAGCAAAGGAAUAUAGACGGCAAUGAAGUCAGAUGUAAGUGUAAUACUAAAUCAGGUUUUUUUAGAAAAAGGUGCAUUAAUGCAAAUUAAUUUCAUUUAAAGAAAUUAGAUUGCGAUUCAAACUUUUCGAUUUAUGCUUGUGUGAAUCUAUCUGGAAAAAAGUGUAUUUGGACAAAUAAUGCGUGUGUUUCUUAUAAUACUGAGAUUUAAAACGGAGAAAACUGCGAAACUAUCUUCUAGGUGCCAGUCACUCCCAAUUUAUGUGCUUAGAUUCAAAAUCUAUAAUGUAGAUAUUAGAGAAUAAGCGAUAGGUUAUAAUAACGGUUUUUAAAAUGGAUAUUUCUGUUAGUCUGUAUAAGAAUUACAACUUCUAAAGUUUACAUGUGACACCUUAGGACUAAAUAAAGAUGCUUGUGUUGCUAUUUAAACAGCGGGAUAAAAAUGUAAGAAAAAAAAAGAAUUAUAUUUUAGGCAUUUUUAUAAAUAACAUAUGCAGAAACUUCGGGACAGAAGAUGAAAUAAGCUGUUUAAGUUAUUUAAACAAGGAAGCAUGUCUGAGUAUCUCCAAUCCAGAAUUACUUUGUGUUUGGAAUAGUAAGGGCUGUUAAAAUUACACUAUUUUAAAUGAGGAUAGUUGUGAAAUGUUAAAAAACGUAAACCCCAGUGUUUGUAAAGUUAUGCCCAUAUUUUGUUAUUAUGAUGAAAUAAAUCAUUAAUGUUUAUCUCCAAACCCAAAUUUAAAGCAGACUUGUGCAACAAAAGGACUAAAUGAAAUUGGUUGCUUAAGUAUAAAGAAUUAAAAAUGUAUUUAUAUUAAUAGAUUCUCAAUUAGGUAUAUAUAUUAGCACAGAAGGAUGCCAGGAUUUAAAAGAUGAUCAAUUAAAUAAGAUAAGUUGCACUGAUUCUAUAAAUGAAGAUGCUUGUAUUAAUGUUACUACUCCAUUUCAAUAUUGCUAAUGGAAUGGAGAAAAAUGUCUGAGAAUUCCUUUGAAUUAGGAUUUAGAUUGUCCAUUGCCUUCUGAGAAUGGUAAGUACUAUUAAGUAAAUGGAAACGUGUGUUAAGCAAUAUCAAAACAGAAUAUCGGAUGUAAAUAUAAUCUAACCACUCAACUCUGCGAAAGAAGUACUGGAUAGGAGAUUUGCACAACUCCUUAUCUCAAUUUAUCAGCCUGCGUUUAGAUCUCUUAAGCUCUGGCAUGUAGUUGGAGGGAAGAAAUUAACAAAUGUGAAAUAGUGGACGUGAUUGAUCAAGUCACAAAAUGCACUGAUUUAAAAUACUCAAAUCCCAUGGCAUGUUCUUAGAUUUCUGAAUUUGUAAAUAACAAGGCUAUAGGAUGUUAUUUUGACAGCAAAACUCAAUAAUGUGAUGUUUUAGACAACGACAGCAUUGCUGAAAUGGAAUGCUUGUAGUUAGGAUUAAACAAAUAUGGAUGUACUAUGAUUACUAAGGUUGGACAGAGAUGUAGAUGGUUUCGAGGGUAGUGUACAAGCAUUAGAAGUAAGGAGUAAAUAGCUUAAGUUUCAUGCAUUGAACUCAAAUAUGUUAACCCUGGGACUUGUAGUCUGGUCACUUUUAACAAAGAGGUUUGUAAAUACAGUGUUGAUGGCUAUGGGUGUGUGAACAGUAUUAAUUCUAGUGAAACUGGAGAUUAUUGUAAUACAUUGGGUUUGAACUCUUUUGCUUGUUCUUAGAUUACUAGAAACCUUGAAGGAUGUUAUUUUGAUAAAGUCAACAAUGUCUGUGUAUUAGCUCCUGAUAAGAAAUCAGCGGAUGAAAGUAUAUAAGCUGCCUCAAAAUUACUAUUAAAUACUGCGAAAUGUGUGGCUAGUUCUCCUACUCAGAAUAUUUGUAUUGCCAUAGAGACUUUGGGUGAGUAAUGCACUUGGAAUUAUCGAUUAAGUGGAUGUGAAUAUCAAUAUGUCUAAUUUAAUGAGAAAUGCUUAGAUUACAAUACUGUAGAGAAAUAGAAAGCUAUUCCUGGAAUAUUUAUUUCUAUAAAUGCCAAUGUUUGUGCCAGCAUUCUCAUGAAUUACGUAAUAUUUAAUCAUAUUUAUUAGCCUAAUAAAGAUCCAACAGUUUUAACAAAGGAAGUAGAUUCACUGAGAGGGUAUUGUUAAUUUGAUGGAAAAGGGAAUUGCAUAAAGUUUUUGUAAACUCCUUGUACUUCUGAGUGUUGUACAGAGUAAAUUGGAAUCAAUGCUCAUGUUUGUAGUAGAUUUACGACUGGCAAGUAUUGUUAUUUCAAUGAAUACAAUAAAUGUGUAAAGUUAACUGAUGAAAUUGUUGAUACGAGUUCAUUGCAGGCAGUUAAAGAUUUCUAUAAUUUCAAACAAUACAAAUGUUCAUCAAUGAAUGUAAAUACUUGUUGGAUGAUUGAUUGGUCUCCCGCUUAAUAAUGUUAUUGGGAUGGACUUGUAUGUACCUAGAUUAAUCUCAGUGACUAUGCCACUUUUACCUUAUUAAACGGUUAUAGAACAACGAAUAAGUAUGGAUGUUAGGGAAUUGAGGGAGAUAAGAAAAAAACAUAUCUCAUGAGAUACUACAAAUAUGUUUCUGAUACUACUACUUGCAUCCCUUAUCCUGUUGUAAUUUCGACUUGUGAAACCGAAGGAAUUAAUUUAAAUGUUUGUCUAGGAUAAUCACCUAAUAUUUAUUGCAAAUGGGAUAAAAUUAAUUUAUAGUGUGUCACCAUUGAUGAUUUCUUAUCGUUAUACACCUGCAACGAAUACCAAAAUAAAAAAGCAUGUGUGGAAAAUCCUUAUGCUCCAUGUGCCUUCCUUACUUCUACGGAUAAAUGUAUAACAAGUCCUGCUGAUAUUAAUUGUGAAGAUUUUAAUGUAGGUAAAGACUAUGAGGGAGCAGUAAAUGAAAAAGCCUGUUUAAACAUCACUAAAGGAGGAUAAAUUUGCAAGUAUGAACCAAAUCUAAAAAUUUGCAUAACCGUAAAUCAAGCAUCUUAAAAUAAUUGUGAUUUGCCAGGCAUUAAUUCAAUUGGUUGUUACUAUAUUACUACUGCUAAUUGCAGAUGGGAUCCAAUAAAUCUGAAUUGCUAUGAAGAAGGAGAUGUAAAUGCUAUCUACAAUUUAUAAUGCAAUUAGAAUGUUAAUAAAUAAUUAUGCUUAUCAAUAAUAAAAGACAAUUGUGAAUGGUCAAUAACUAAUAUGAAAUGCUCAUAAGUAGAACAACUGGGAAUCGUUAAAAUUGAUACCUAUUAUAAUGCAUAGGCAUGUACUAACUUAACAGGAAAAGCAUACUAUUUUACAUCUACUAAUAACAACGCAACAACCUCAUGUUAAAUACUGACUACAUUUACUAAUAAGUGCACAGACUAUAUCAUGAAUAAAUAAGCUUGUCUAAUGAACACCAAAGGGUACAAGUGUUUCUUCGAUCCAAACGAAAUUCCUGAAAAAAAAUGCUAAGAUUUUAAAGAAGUAUAACUGGUUUGUACAUCAUCACUCUAAAUUAACAUAGAAAUAUGCAUGAACAUUCCAACAUAAUGUUACUUUGAAGAAUCUUCCUUAAGUUGUAAAACAGCCAAAGUUUAUAAUACUGAUAAAUGUUCGACCUUAAUAGCUGCGGGUAUGCAUUACAACAGAAAGGCUUGUGCAUCUAUUAGUAGAACAAUAACUGACAAAUCUUAAGAAGAGACAAAAAAAAUUUGCUCCAAAUCACCUCUCUAAAAUAAUUCUUAAUAAUGCUAUUUUGAGAAAUACUGUGCUUGGGAUGAAAAUACCUACGGAUGUGUUCUAUAACAAAUAGUUAAGGGAUCAUAUACUCCCCCAGGUUAGCAACAGAGUGAAUAAUGCUCUCUUACUCCUACAACAAUUAAAUGUUCAAAUAUUUACUCUGAAGCUGUAUGUCUUGAAUUUGGAUCAGGCUGCUACUUUGAUAUUACUUAAGGAGGUUGUAAUACUUAUACUUCUAAUUUGUUCAAAGUUAGAGAUUGUUCUCAAAUUAAUGGUACUGAUUGUACAAGCAGUAAGACACCCAAUGCCUAUUGUAAAAAGGUUGUAAAUUCUGCUGAUUUAACAGAUGCUUGUGAAUAGGAUGCAGUAAACCAGGAUUAUUGUGAAAAUGAUUAAAGUGUUACCAGCAAAUCUUGUGGCUCUCUUAGUGAUUCAACUACAGCAAGUGACUGUGCUCAAGCCAGCGAUGCUUGCUAUCUUAAUCCUAAAUGCAUUUCUCCUACGUCUUAUGACGGUAUCACUUGCACUAGUCCUGGAGUUAGCAAAGUAUUAUGUUUAUUGUUAACUCCGCCAUGUGAAUUUUCCACAGGUUCUUGUACUUCAGUAUCGAUUCCAACGCUUAGCUCUGAUGGAUAAAACUAUUACUAUAUCUGUAAUGAAGUCAAUUUGUAAACCACAAAUUAAUCAGAAUAUGUGUGUGGUAAUAUAACAGCAGUUCCUUGCAAAUAUUCACUAAAUACAUGUCAAAAUGCUUUUUUCGAAUAAUGUUCUGGACUUGCAGGAUUGACAGUCUCUGUUGUUGCCUGUAAUUAAUGCUAAGGGUUUCCUGUUGCUUAUGAUUAUAGUACUAAUCAAUGCAAACAGAUUACUAGUUUGAGUUCUAGUUGUGACCUCUUAUCGAAACAAUCAGACUGUUAAGCCGAUCUCAAAAGCUGUCAUUGGGAUGAUUAAGCCAAAAAAUGUCAAAUUAAUUUACAUAGAUUGAACAGAUAAAGUUGUGCUUAGUUAACCACUGAUAUUUUAGCAAUUUGGGACGAAGCCACAAAUUUAUGUGAAAUCAAAGCUGAGAAUCAAAUCUAAAGUCUUACCGAUUGUUCUAUUUUAAGUAGAAAGGCUUGCAUAAUUCCUUCUUAGUCAUGCUGGAUUAAUUCAACAACUUUAUAAUGCGAAGAUGCCACAUAGAUUAUGGCUACUUGUUAAGAAAUCAAUGGUUUUAAUGCCAAACAAUAGCAUUGUCUAGUAUCAUAUAAAGAGCCUUGUAAAUGGAGUACUACAUGUGUAUCAGCAAACUUAACAACUGAUCCUUGUGAUGGAUUGAACAAAUAUGGCUGUCUCAAUAUCCAAUAGAAAUUAAGUUGUGCUUGGUCAGAGCAUGAUAAAAAUUGUAGAGACAUUGCAGUAAAUCUAGGUCUCGGAUGUAAUAGAUAUUCUGAUGGAUUUUGGCAUUAUUAUUACCAAGUAAAUCCUUACGUGUGUGCCUAAUUAACAGUUGGAAAUUGCUAUUUAGAUACUAAUUCCAACAAAUGUACAUCUGUUGGUACUAAAACUAUAGAUUGUGCUAAACACAAAGGUAUAAACAAACUGGCUUGUCUGACAAGCACAACAGAUGUUUGCAAAUUUGAUUCAACUUUAGUUUAAUGUAUUCCUACUCCCAUCGAUGAUUAACAGUGUUCUGACUUGUAAAAUACAGGAAAAUGCUGUUUAAAUAGUUUAAAUCAAGUGUCUUGUUUGUCAAUGCCAAAUGCAUACUGCAAAUUCUACUUGAAUACCUGUUCAACUUUCUAUGUUUUGGAUAAAAAAACGCCAAAAGCAGCUGCUGCUAGCUCAGUGGUACCAGAAACUUAAAAACUAUCAUCUAAUAUAUGUGAUUACUUUAAUAAUAAUAUUGUGGGAGCUUAUUUUAUAUAUGACACAGUAAGACUUUAAUGUAUUAAUAUUGAUAAACUCAGUCCAUCAAAAUAUUUUGCUUUAUGUCGAUCAGUUUCCAUUAGUCAAAAAGGCUGUCUGGAGAAGACAAUGGAAUAUUGUAAGCAUAUUUGUAUAUUUUUAUAGGUUAAUAUGAGAAUAAUUCUUGCUAAUCCAUGAGUUUAGAAACAGUUAAACUCCAAAAAGAAUGUAAUUAGGCUUACAAUUGGAAAACCUGUAUUUCAAUCAAUGCCUUUUGUAAAUUUCAAGGAGGCAAGUGUGUUCCUCUUGGACUAGCUGAUACAUGUUCUAAUUUAACUAAUGCAAUUGUGGGUCCACAAGUUUGUGCAUAAUUUCCGACACCUUGCAAAUACAAUACAUUAACUUAUACUUGUGUAGUUGUGAUUCUAAAAACUGAAGUAUGUUCAACCCUUGGGUUAAGUAAAUCUGGCUGUCUAGCUUAUACGCCUUCAUAAUUCUGCAUUUUCGAUGCUGUUAAUUUUAGAUGUACUUCCACUUAUGAUAAUUCACUACCAUGUACUGAUACGAAUUCUCAGAAGAAGUGGUAUAUCAAUCAAGCCAAAUGCUAAUUCAUCAAAACUGCAGGAAAUGUACCUUUUAUAUAAUAUAAAUUUAGUAUUGCCAAUUCACUCCUGGAGAUCAAGGUGAAUGUUUAGACAUUCCAAGUAAUUUAUUCACUGGUGCGUGUUUGGUACCUGAUGUUCAAACUAAUCCAAUCACUUGCAGAAUGGCAACAAACUAGGUUUGCUUUUAUAAUUUAAUUACAAAAAAAUGUGCUACUGGAGAUAUUAAUAUAAUCCCUUGGAGUCUGGGAUUAUCAUUUAAUAAAAUAGCUUGUUUAAAAUAUGAUAAUCCUUUGUUUUAGGUGAAAUUGAUUUGGGAUGACGACAAAGGUUGCAUUGAAUUAACCAUAAAUGAUUUAGCAAAUAUUUAGUGUUCAUCUCCAGUUAAUAGACUGGCUUGUGUUUCAAUUACUAAUCCAUCUUAAUUUUGUUAAUUCAAGGCUGACACUUCAAAAUGCGAAUCCUUUGAUUACAUAAUCCCCCCCUUAGAUAGCAAAUUAUGUGCUUCAUUGACUAAUGUGAAUAGAUUUGAAUUUUGUUAAUAUGCAAGUGAUUCUUGUGUCUAUAAUUCAUUCGAUCGUAAAUGUGUGGCAACUUCACCAACUAUAAACAAUUCUGGAGAUUGUUUCAACUUAGGUAUGAGCAAACCAAUGUGCUUAAGUUUUUCUAGUAAUUGCAACUUUAAUGAUGAAAGACGUUUUUGUUAUGGAGGAAACAUUUUCUGCAAAGACAAUACUCCUUCUGCUUGUAAAGAUGUUAAAACUGAGCCUUGUUGGAUUGUUAAUUCAAGUUGUAAAGGCAUAAGUUUUUAGGAUCUCAAAACUAUAGAGUGUACAAAUGCUGUCAAUUAAAUUGGUUGCACUUCCAUUUCAAAUCCUUUGAAAGUAUGUCAAUAUGAUAUCCAAACUUCAACAUGCAAUGAAAUAGUUGCACUCACCAAACCAUGUGCAUCAUAUACCUAUGUAAGCACUAGCAAAGCAUGCGAACUUACGAAUGAUACUGCUUGUAAAUUUGAUUUCUCAACUAAAUCUUGUAAAGUAGUCUCUAUCACAGAUGUAUUCGAAUGUGAUAGAGGACUGAAUUAUUAAGCCUGUUCCAUUUAUACUAGACCCUCAUUGUAAUGUAAAUUUGGUAAGUACUGUUAUGGUCCCACAUCUGGCAUUUUAAAAUGUGCAGAUUCAUUAAAUAAAGAAGUAUGUUUGAAUUUCAAUUAUUUUUGCACUUGGGAUUUCUCAAAUUCAUUGUGCAUUGAUUAUAAUUUAAAUGGAUAAACUUGCUAACAACUCUAAGAUCAAAAGACUGUAGUAUCUAGUUAAGUUUGUUAUAAUGCACAGGUUUAAGAUGGAAGUGCUUGUGUUUUUGAUGUGUACACAUUCACAUGUAAAAUCAUCUAACCAUAAUCAUGCUUUGAACUUGAAUCCCAAAAACAAUGCCAAUCGUAGACUGAACUACCAUGUGUAUGGUUGAAUGGUUCUUGCUAACUCUUUUAAGCAGUUUCAACUGAUACUUGUUAAAAUGUCGGAAGUUUGGGAUCAAAAAAUGCUUGUUUAAGUAUUUUCAGGAAGGGACAAUUUUGUCAAUAUCAAGAUUUUAAUUGUGUAACAUACAAAGAAAAUUAUGAUGCUGAUAACUGUCUUAAUAACAUUAAUAAAAUAGCCUGCAUUUCUUAAUAAACCAGUUCUUGCAUAUGGAAAACUGUUCAAAAGGAAAUUUAACUAGUCUAGAUGUUAUUGGGAAGUUGUGAAAAAUUUGAAAAUCCCGCCAAUAAUGAUUGUGACAGUGCCCUUAGUUAUAAAUCGUGCUUAUCAAUUUCGAAAUAUGGUCAAAAUUGCAGAUGGAUCAAAGGAGAAUGUCAAAGUAUCGAAUAACAAACAGGAGUCGUCAUCAAUUAUAACACAUAUUAAUUGAUUAAUUAAAAUGCUUGUGGACUAGUGAAUCAGGACAAAGUUCGAUAUUAAGAGUAGACGAAAUCAUGUUAAUUGAUAAAAGAUUAUGAAACAAUUACUUGCAAAUGUGGCAAAGAAACAAAAGGAUUAAAUAGGGAGGCUUGUUUGAGUAUUGUGAAUGAGAACUGCAAAUGGAUUCCUACUCAAUCAAGAUGUGCAGAGUAUUAGAGUUUAUGUGAUAUUAAAUGA